ACGAUAAAAUAGGCAAGGGAGCGUUUUCUCCCAACCAAUGUUCCAUAUAAGGCUUGGCCCGCCUGUGGACGCCCUUUUGCCAAUUCACAGUACUGCUGUAUUGGGUCCACACCCUUGACACGUCCACUGGGCCCACGCCGACGCGAUCACCAUUCAUCAAUCAAACCAAUCGACCGCAAUCUGAUUCAUCCGUCCGAUGCCGUCCACGUGUACCCUUUCAUUCCCGGCGAUGAUAACUGCGCAGCAGCAAACGCCUUCUCCACUCUACGACUCCUCCACAGUCUCCCCAGCACCACCGUCUUCCUCCUCUCGCCGUCUCUCCUGAAAUUCCCUUCCUCACUCCUAAACCAGGAUUUAAUUAUGCCUGUAAAUCCCGGCGAUAUCGAUUUGAAUUCCGACGCCGUUCCCGGCGACGUGACGAAUGGUGUUUACGAAGUCAAUCGUCCGGAGCCGACCGCGGGUCCGGUCGGAAGUUUGCCGGCGGAGAGGGUGAGAGGCGAGAUUGGGGAUUUUGGAGGGUUGAAGUUAAACGAUUGGGCGGAUUCAUAUAGCGUUUCAGGUGCCCCCGGGGUGCAGGGACAACCGAGGCAGGAGGCUGCGGUCGGUACUUUCGUGAGGGAGGGUUUAGAGGGAUCAAAAGACGACGAUUCGCCGGCGUUGACGGUGAUCGGUGCAUUGGAGGGUGGAGAUCAGAAAGGUGGAAAUGAGGCUGAAGGGCGUCCAGAUCACCGAGUUGAAUCGAAUGGGUUAUCGGUCGGUGGGAGUCAGGUUGGAGAUAGAUGUGGGGGAGACGGAGUUCAAUUUGUGUCGAUGAAUGGUGAUGCUCGGGGCGAUUGUUUUAAAGUUAUUGACUAUGUUGACUAUUUAGCAAGUGAAGUUCCUGGCAAGGAAGUAAAAGUACCAGACGCAAAUGGUUUUGUUUUACCUAGAGAUCAGAAUUUGGGUUCUCUGCUUCCUGAGAUGGAAACUAGACAGGAACGUCUGACAGUGGAAGUUGAAGAAACACAGGUUCAAACUGAUGAAGUUCAAACUCCGAUCUUUGAUGCCAGAGUUGGCCCGCCUAAUGCUGGGAGUCAGGCUGCCAUGGUUGGGCUUGCUCAAGCUUUCAAUCCAUAUGAUAGUGCGGAUGCUAAAAAGAAUGCUGGAGUGGGGAUUGGUAGUGAAGGAAACAAGUUUGAAGAGAUAUCUCGUAGUGUGACAUUCUCUGUUUCUGAAUCAUUGGGAGAAAAAACAGCGUGUUAUGUUGAUGUGUUUGGUUCUAGUGAAAAGCAAGAUGUAGCAAUUGAAGAAGAGGGUAUGGAUCCUGAACGGCUAAAGGAUGCUGAGAUGAAAAGUUCAAAAUCGAGUGCAUCAGGGUUUGAGCAUUCUGAAAAAGAUGGAUUUCUGGUAUCUGAUCUGGUGUGGGGCAAAGUAAGGAGCCACCCCUGGUGGCCUGGGCAGAUAUUUGAAUCGUCUGCUUCAUCUGAAUCCGCAAUGAAAUAUUUCAAAAGUGGUCGAUUUUUAAUAGCAUAUUUUGGUGAUCAAACAUUUGCUUGGAAUGAUGCAUCACGGUUAAAGCCCUUCCGGGCUCAUUUUUCGCAAAUGGAGAAGCAGAGCAAUAUGGAAGCUUUUCAAGAUGCCGUGGAUUGUGCUUUGGAUGAGGUUUCCAGAAGGGUGGAGUUUGGGCUGUCUUGUUCUUGCUUGCCUGAGGAAGUACAUGCCAAGAUUAAAUCCCAGAUCAUGGUAAGUGCUGGGAUUCGGGAUGAAUCAAGUAGAAGAGAUGGCGGAGACAGGUUUUCUGGUGUAUCUUCUUUUGGACCUCUGAAACUUGUUGAAUAUAUGAAAACAUUAGCACAUUUCCCACAUGGCGUAGUUGAUAGAUUAGACCUCAUUGUAGUGCAAGCCCAGUUAUUGGCCUUCUAUCGUUGGAAAGGUUAUCCCCAGUUGCCCGAGUUCAAAAUGCUUGGCGGGUUGUUUGAGGAGGAUAUAGAUGUUCCGGUUUUGGGAGUGGACGUGGACUUAAAUGAAGUGGCUGAGAUUGCAGUUUCUGUUUAUGAGGAUGAUGAGCAAGUUUGUAUUGGUGAAGGAAGGUUGGAAAUUGAAGAUAGUUAUCCUAGUAAGCACGAGCACAGCUCUGUUGAUGGCAUGGGCCCUGUAGAGAAAGAAAGGCACUUAUCAGUCCUGAUGGCUGAUACUUACUCAUUUUUUCCUAGUGAGGAGAACGAACCGGCUGGCAAGGCUGGUAGCAAGUUAAUUUCAUCGAGUUCCUUUAAAAAGCGCAGGGCUGUUACUUCCAUAUAUGAUGACUCCAGGGUAAAAUAUAGAAAAAUUAGUACUUCACCCGAGACUCUUGGUAAAGUGUCAUCACAGCCUACACAAUAUCCUAAAGUAGGAGAGAGCAUCUGUAGGGUUGCUAGCCAACUAACCAGGUCUGUUUCAAUCUUCAAGUAUGGUGAUGAAAUUUCUCAAAAAAGUACAGGUGAAGACGAGAUCGAUGAAAAUCUUGCCAGGGCAUCUAGGAAGGCCAAGAGAAGAAGAAAGGUCAUUCCGGCAGAGUAUGAUUCAGCUGAUGAGAUGCUUUCGAAGUUAUGCUUGGCUGCCAGGGAUCCCUUGAAAGGACACAGCUCCUUGAUUUCAACAAUUGAAUUCUUUUCUGAAUUCAGAAAUUCAAUUAGCAUGGAGUACUCCAGUUUGUGUGAGCACAAGCAGUCUAUGGAGGAAUUGUCUGGCAAUAAGGCUGGACUAGUGUCAUCCAAUGCAGAAACUGAAACACCAGGGUUUGAGGGCAUAGAAGAUUCUCACUGGACAGAUAGGGUUAUUCAGGUCAUCCCUGAAGAGCUAUCACCAACUGGAAAUCAGAAUGAAACUGGAGAAAUUCUACCAGAGAUCCCAAAGAAUAAAGUAAUGCCCGCUGCCAUCGAUUUAGAAGCAAACCUUGAAUUGACUCCUAAUUUGGACUCUAAAAAGCAUGAAAUGGAAGAAGAGAUGGCUGUGGAUCACAUUGAUGAGGCAUGUGAUGAGGAACAAGCUGCAACAGCUCUAAUUUUGAUCUUUACAAACUUGGAUUCUGUUCCUUCAGAACCGACUCUGAAUAAAAUAUUCUGCCGCUAUGGAACCUUGAAAGAAUCAGAGACCAAAGUGAUGAAGAAGAGCAACCGUGCCAAAGUUGUCUUUGAAAAACGUUCUGAUGCAGAAGCUGCUUUCAGCAGUGCUGGGAAAUUCAGCAUUUUUGGACCUUCGCUCCUCAGUUACCGUCUCAGAUACUCGCGUUCUAUACCACCUAAAGAUCCUUCUCGCCCAACCAGGCGACGCAGAAAGGGCGCAACUUCUGUGGAAGGAGAUACAACCUGAUCCCGCAAACUUGAAGUUGGGUAUUCAUAAAUUGGAUGUGCACCUUAUCUUCAAAAUUCUCUCCCCAAGGAGAUUGCAUGCACCUUAAUUUGAUUGUUUUAGACUUUUGGUGGCUUCCUUAACACAGUUUGCAUCCAAUACAUGGAUCGAGCAGUUGCCUAAGUAAUCUACUCGAGAAAUCUCCUGGAGAUUAGUUCAGUUUAUAUUUUUAACCAUGCCUAUUACACAUGUUUAACAAACAUACUACAGUUUGCAGGUUCAUCUGCAGCAUCUGUAUAUUCUUCUUCUUCUUCCUCCCCCACCCCCCCCCCCCCCUACUAGCUUACAUUUUGUUUUUUCUUUGUCUGAGUUGACCUCUUAGGCCAUUAGACCCAGAUAAAUGGAACACUGCAUUUGCUCCUAAACUUCGUUGGUUCAUUGUGAUAGGAUGUGCAGAUGGGUAUCGUGUAAUCUCAAGGUUGGAGACAGAUGCAUGCUCUUGAUAUGGCACCUUGUAAAAUGUUAAAGCUAUAAGAUGUUUGUUUGAAUUGGCAUGUUGAAA